AUGUGGAACUUCUCGUCGUUCAACUUUUCGGGCCAGGGCUCUUCCAACGCCCGGCAGCCAGUUUCUGGAAGUUUUUUGAGAACCGGUGAUCAGCCAGUGACAACCAUAGCCAGCUUUGUAAUGCCCUCUGUUAUUGCCGAAACUGCUCUCCGUGGAAAUCGAGAGAUUCAACAGCAACAAGGCAACGAUCAUAUCGGAAUUCUUGGAGGAUACAGUGCUUCUACAGCUAAUGAUACGUUUUCGAGUGGUCGUCAAAUCGCGACGUUUGUUCCCUCAUUGGCUCUUGGAAAUCAGUUUGACACUAGCCAAGCACCACCAAACCAAUUAUCAACACCGCAAAUGGAGACUAAUGUUUCUGCAGUUUUAGAAAAUCCGUUCAUGCAACGUUAUACUCCAUAUCCAUCUUCAAUGUUCUUCUAUGCACCUCCAGAGCAAAAUAGUGCAGAAAUGGGUUUGCCUGACUACUCACGCAUUUCUCCGAAUCCUCUCAACACAUUCGAUUUUACUCAUGGUUCUUCUUUUCAAAAUGAUCCGUCCCGAUUUGGAACGGGUCAAGAACCAAGAAGAGCUACUCCAGAAACUGAGAACAAUGAAAGUGGAGCGCCACUGUCAAAAAAGCCAAGAUUCUCGCCAAGAGGAUUUGGUGAGAGUGCCCCAUCUGGCUGUUCACAUAGACUAGCAAGCGUUUCAAAAGCUCCAACUGUGUCCCAAUACGAGACACCUAACUUCUCACGAACAAUAAAGUUAGAGCCUUCUGACGUUGACUAUCACGCAACUUCUCUACGAGUGCCCUUGAGUUCCAGUGAAGUUUCAAUGCCAAUUCUUCAAUCUAGUGCUCCAAUUGCUACAACUGAAAUCCCACAUCAAAAGCAGAAUGAUGUCCUUAUGAGAACCGUGAAGCAAGAAACGGCAGAAAAAGCUCUCACUGACUGGGAUAACAUGGUCAAAAAUAUUAGCACAGUUACCAACGGAUGUGAACAGGAAAAAGUAUCAGCAUUGACAAAAACCCAUCAAGAAUCUGUUGAUGGUACUAGUCUCAUCGGGGCUCCAAUUCUCCAGACGGAAGAUCCAGUCAAUCCAACAAACCCAAUGAGACGAGUGCAACAUAAAAAAGGAAGGGAUUCGUCGAUGCCACGAUUGUCAUUCGAGCCUGCGGUCUUCGACAACGACACAGCUGCUCAUGAAGCAGUUCCACCAAAUGAUGGAAGUGACUUCCACAUGAGAAAUGUGAAACAAGAGUUGUUGGAGGAGCCCAUGCCAACACUGAGAAAAGAAUCUCAAGAAGACAACCCAGAAGGAGGUAAACACAUCUCUGCUCUUGUUCUGAAGGUGGAAGAGCAAGAAGUUACAGCUGUAGAGAUUAUCCAAGACCAACCAGAGGCGGAAAUAGAAUCAAUUCGGUCGAUUCCACAACAAUCAAUGGUUGAGGAGACUGCUGAAAAUCGAAAUGGCGUUGAAAAUGAAGAGGAACAGUUGAUUGAAGACAUCAAUGUCAAUGAUAAUAAUGAAAGGAACAGCAGAACAGACACUGCAGAAACUUGGCAGGAACGCAUUGCUCCAAGAGAAGAGGAGGAAUUAGAUGAAGAAAGUUCUUCAACGAUUUCAUCCAAUUCCGAGGAAUCGGAAGCUUCCGUGGAGGAGCUUGAUGACGACGAUCAAGCGUGUUCACUUGGAGAAUUGUGUAUUGUAGGAGACUAUUUCAGGAGAUUCACUGGGGAGGUGACCCAGUGGGUCUCCUGCGACCGCUGUGGAGAGUGGCUCCAUGUUUGCUGCAUACUGCUCAACAAUGAAGUGUAUUCCAGCAAAACUUUCAUUUGCUGUGGCAUACAAAUCACAGCAAGUGCAAGAGAUGCUAGGAAUGGGGAUGUUCAUAGAAGGUUUCACGAGACUCCUUAG